AGAGAGAGAGAGAGAGAGAGAGAGAGAGAGAGAGUACCACGGUCAGCCACGCGUACAGCGCCUGUGCGCAGCAGUGGGCAGAGGAGUGCGCAGCAGCAGCAGCAGCAGCAGCAGCGGUCCGGGAGUUGUCACUUACUUCAUAGAAAGUCUGGAAACGGACUAGACGAGAGAGCGGAAGAAACACCCAUAGACGUCUUGCGAGAAGAGGAACGAGACGAGGCCGGAGUGAAGGGACGUGUGUGUGUAAUGUCGCGUCAGUCGGCAGCCAGAAGACAGAUGAUGGAGACCAAACUGUGGGCUGCUCUUUGUGCGCUUCUGCUCGUCAACUCCGGAUCCGCCGAUCACAGUGAAGACCACGCUGCUGCUGCUCCGACGACUUCAAGUGGCGUCCCUGUUACUGGGGCAGGUCCAGUAACUAAAGCUGCAUACUCUGAACCUGGCCCCACUCUGCGUCCCACCAGUCAUGGACUGAGCGACUCUGAUCCAAACACAAGUCUGCAAGACACCAGCAGUUUGAGCAACAGCACAGCCACAAGCCAGGAAGUUACCGUUGUGACAUCCACUUCAGAAAAGAACAUAAACUCAACAACACAGCUGCAAUCAGAGCCUCCUGCUACAUCUGUGGACCUCCCCUCUACUUCUCACACCCCCGACUCCGCCAUUACUAUCAGCCCCACACACAUAGCUCAGUCUUUCUCGGUAGAUGUAACAGCCACACAGUCGCCAGACUCCAGCACAUCACAUAAGGCUGCAUCUGUGCUUCCUGAUUCCACAUCAGACCAGCUCAGUCCACCCAAAACCACCUCCUCGAGCCUCGUCGCAGUGAGCCAGUCCGCACAGCCCGAGCGCACCGCUGCCGCUUCCAUUACUCUGUCGACGUCAACAUCAAGCGCCACUUCCUCUCCCCAGACUCACAAUUCCCCAUCAUCAGCGCACACUUUGUCGUCGGAAAGCCACCGUGAGACCACCACCAAAGCCCCGGUGAAGUCCUCCACCUCCGCCGCCACGCUGCCAAACGGUCCGUCUGCUCAGGCCAAAACUCACACCGACAGCCUGUCGCAGCUGAAUGUGGGGAACGACCCCACGAUGGUCCACGACUCUCCCACAUUAGAUCCGCUCCUGGCCGGCCUGGUGACAGCCUUCAUCAUCACCGCUGUCAUCAUCACACUCCUCCUCUUCCUCAAACUGCGCCGCAGAGACAACAGGCCAGAGUUUCGCCGGCUGCAGGACCUACCUAUGGACGAUAUGAUGGAGGACACACCCUUGUCCAUGUACAGCUACUGAUGGAGGCACCACAACACUCGUGGGGCACAAGAACUCCUUUUCGUCUAUGACUCAGACUCAGGCAGCUGUUGUUGAAAGUGGCCUCUCCUCCCCACACCAAACAGGAAGAACCUUGGUAGGAAUAUGCACAGUUCUGGAUUCUGUUCAUUUAUCCAGAUUGUUGACUUGUAAAGACUGACAUGGUGUGAACUGCAAUGGACAGUGAAGACAACGCCCAGGAUCGCUCCGUGUGGAUAAAGUCUGUUUUGGUGUUUGUAAUUAUUAUAAUUUGAGCUUUUGCCUGUGUUCAGUGCCGAACAGUUGAUAUUGUUCAACUCAAUGUUGUUGGGGUUGUUGGGUUGUUUAAAAUGUUUUCAUUUCCUUAUAGCUGAAAAUGGCGAGUGUAAGUUGUAGGAUGGCUCACAGGACUCAAACCACCCUCAUGGACUGUUUGAGAGCAAUCAGAUUGAGAGGACAGAGACACGAAAAAUACAAAAACAGCUUGAAUAUCGUGUUAAUAAGGUUGCACUUUAUGUUUUCAGAAGUGGUGACAAACAGAAAUGUAUUUUUGUUCAUGAGAAAAGUCACGGUCAGUGUGUGUACAUAGGCAGCAUAGCGGGGUGUGUGUGUGUGUGUGUAUGUGUAUGUGUGUGUGUGUGUGUGUGUGUGUGUGUGUGUGUGUGUGUGUGUGUGUGUGUGUGUGUGUGUGUGUGUGUGUGUGUGUGUGUGUGUGUGUGUGUGUGAGAGAGAGAGUGUGAGUGUGUGUGUUCAUGGUGCAUGCCAGGUAAUGAGGGACUAUUUGAAGUUUUUCUGUGUUCUAAGUCCUGCUGCUGGUAGGGCUGAUACUCGCUGUGGGCCAUAUUUUUGUGUUUCUUUCUUGGGAUCUUAUGUCUAGAAGAGGGUACCUUGCAGACUACAGGCACAGCUCUCUCUGUAUGCUGCAGCUACAGUCCAAACACACCUCCAAAUUCAGCAGUCAUUCCCAUUUAAAGGCAAGGGGGGCAAGUAGCUGCUCCAACUUGCCCCGUGCUUGAAGAUUAGCCUCAAGCAUGUUCACCAUGAGGCGCUCCUUCAGACAGUGACAGUUGCAGACUGAAGUUGGCCAGUGGCCUUUCCACACAGUGCUAGCAUUGUUCUCCGCCUUGUAAAUGCUACUGAUGAUUCAUGCAAAAACAAAACAAUAAAUCCCAAUCUCUUUGAAAGUCUUUGUUUCAGUUGCUUCUUUAGAAUUCAAAAGUCGCAGAUGAAUUAAAAAUGUGACGUGGAUGAAUGUGAAACCUCAGCCUUAUUACCUUCAGUCAGCAAGUUGCCAAGUGUUCUCUGAUGUUCACUGUACGCCAGUGUUGCGGUAAACUUAAAGUGAGUUGGAGAAUGGAAGCGGAAGUGGGACAGUUACAGGACUGAUUAACAUUCUCUUUUCACCUUAGUGUUUACAGGUGCAUCUCAAGCUGUCACAGCAUCAUAGGAACUGAUUUUUUUGUCCAUUAUUUGUAGUUAGCUUUUUUUUUUUAAAUCAUAAGUGUGAUUACUACAUCCAGUUAAAAAAAUAUUAUCACUUUUACCAUUCAUGACAUUCUCCCUGGUUGGAGCCCAGGGUUAGGAGAACUGUCAUUGUUCAGUUAGCAUGUUCUACCUGUGUGCUUGUGUGUUUUGCUUUUCAUUCUUUUUUUUUUUUUUUUUUUUUUAUUCUGAUGAAUGGGGUUCCUAUCUCAGUCCAAAAAAAUUGGCAUUUGGCGGUCUGUCUCUCCGUCUCUCCGUGUUUGUCCUGUGGCGGACAUGCUGACCUGUUCACAGUCAAUUCUGCCUUCAACCAUGGCUAGCUGGGUUUAGCGCUACCACAAAGACAGAGAUGGAUGGACAUAUAAAUUAAGAUUAUAAACAAAAAAAGCAAAAAAGUUUUGAAAUGUUUAAAUCUAUGUGUAAAAAGAUGAAAUUGACAUUUAUCUGGUUUGCUGGAAGAAAUCUCUUCCAUAAUUCUAUUUUCGAGGAUGCUUCUGUGUACACUGGCUGGUGGACAUCGAAUUUGAAUUUGGGGUUAAUGGCUGAGCUUCUAUGACGAAAACCCAACAGAAACAUCACUCGGUGAUGUGGUGAGGCAUGGGGACACGUUUGGUCUUCAUUGGCAUGGAUGCUGUGUAUUUUAGAAAAAACAAUAUUUGUUUGCAGUAAGCAUUUGUAAGCAGUCUAACCUGCUAAAGGUUUUGCACAGACUGACACCUGCUGCCCUUGCAAACCAUGUAUCGACUCGUCCAUGAUCUUAAAACUUCAGUGUUGAUAAAUAGAAGCUCUGUGUUCUGUAAUUUUCUUCAAGUGUUAAAGGACCGAGGCCUUCCUGCCAGAUGUGAUUUAUGGACCGUUGGUGAUUUUUGAUUAAAAGUAUUUUGAAACCAU